UGUGAAUGGCAGUUGAAAGAAUUUAAACUGCGGAAAAGCUUUUUCGAAGGGUGUUUUACUGAAAUUAAUGUUUCGCCUAAUCCAAUAAAGAUCAAAAGCAGUAGCUAUGUGGAUGUUAGAUGUUAUAGCGUGCUCGAGCCAAUCAAAGGAGCCAAAAUGCUGCACACCGAAUCCCUGCCAGCCGCUGGCCACCAGGGCAUCUAUGCUCCAUUAAGUCAGGCAAUGAGCGAUUCCGAAUCCGACGAGGAAAUCGAGAUCCACAACGCCGCCAAUCAUCGCCAGAAACUGCAGCAAAAACUCCAGCUAACUCAUCAGCACCCACAGGAGCAGCUCCAAUCGCAAAGGAUACGCAUUCCGCCAAAUACGUUGGCCCUAAAAUCCCCACAUACCCGAGCACCCACCGCCACGAGAAUCGUGACCCGGAAUUCCGCCGCGAAUCCCGCCCAGAAGUUCCAACUGGAGGGCAGCAGUUACGCCACCAAUAUGCAGAAUACCUUCCGCUCCGUCAUGUUGAGUGAUAAUGGCGGCGUGGGUUCCGAGCUGUCCAACUUCAACAGCGAAUUCGACUCCAAUGCGGAUAACGUGGCCAUUUUGGGUGGCAAUCAGGCUGGCGAGGAUUCGGCCAAAAGGACACCCAUGUCGCCGGCCAGAAAGUGCUGUUUCAUUGGCAGCCUGAUGCUCUGCUUCCUGGCCAUCGUAUCCUUUGUGUGGCUAGUGCCCUGCGGGAAUCCAGACGGCACAGGAUCCUGCCCAGCGGUGGUGGAUCGCAUCAAGACCCACAACUGGUUUAAUAACUAUACAAGGGCGGAGCUCAAGGGAGGAGUUAAUGUGGUUGGCGGACUGCGAGCCUGGGAGAACAACCUGAUCUUCAUGUACCGCGGUGAUGCCUUUUUCCCGGAAUUCCGACCUGGUAACGAGCGACGCAAUGGCAUCAUCUGCUUGAUUGGCUCCUCAGGAGCUGUGGCCUGGUUUGUGGAGAUGGUGGACGAGCCGGUGGCCCUGGACUGCACACUCAUUGACAUGGAUGGCAAUGCGAAAUCAGACUGCUUGGUGCUGGAUGAAUACGGCGAACUGGGCGCCAUUAAUCCAGUCUCCGGGCAAUGGCUUUGGUGGUACAAGGAACGUUCAGCCAACAAGGUGGAUGCCUACGAUUUCCCCGUCAUCCUGCCCGAUCUGGAUGCGGAUGGUGUGCUUGAUCUCCUGCUCGUCACCAGUUUGUCGCUGGAACAGCGCACCAAAUCGCUGGCCCAGGUGAAGCAUGAAUCUCCGGGACAACUAGAAGCACGAAAUGUUCUGCGCUUGCUGUCGGGACGCAAAGGAUCACCAAUAGGUGAUGGCUUCCGCAUCCACGACUGCGAGAGGCUCAGCAACGUCAGGCUGGAGGCGGGCAAUGUGGGCUUCAUCUGCCAGCGGGCCAAUGGCACAGAGCAGCAGCGUUCCAAGAGUCUGGCGGAGAUCUACGCCCUCAUCACCAACAAGUCAAUUGCUGGUCAAAGGCUGUCCACUGCAAAGAUCUCGCAGCAUAGGAACCACGGCCAGCGGCGGGACUUGAAUGCCCAGCGGAACAUCUAUUCCCUGAGCGGACGAGAACUAGUGGUUGAGAAUCGCGGUCGCUGUCCGGAGGAUUGCAAUGUCACCUUUGUGCUGAGCGAGGUUCGCGAUGGCAGGCCGCACGUGGUGAGGAACUUCAGCGACAGCGGGAUGUAUGGCAUGGUGCCCGCCCAGUGGCACUUCAAGAACACCAAAACCCAGAUGUCCGGCUUUGUGAUGAAGUUUUGGAAAUGGCACGGCCUGGUGAAGCCAUCCAAGCAGACCUCCGCCAGCAGCAACAGCAACAGCGUGCAGAAAAGUGGCAGCAACAAUCACACCAAGAACAUGAACGCCAUCAAGGACAAGGAGAAGGCGCAGGCCAAGAAGCAACAGCAUCAACGUCUAAAGAGGAGCACUAAAGCGGAGGACCACGAGUUCCCACCUGCCCACCAGGAGUUCGAUAUCUUUAAGCACCUCAAGCAAAAGAGGGAAACGUUCGGGGUGCCCUUUAAGAACCUGAGCAAAACCAGUGGCGUCUCCGCCGGGGGCAGCUACAAAAUGAACAUGAUUACGGAAACGGUUCUCCUAGUCCUUUUCGUAGGCGCCGAUACCCAUAUCGAGAACACCUCCCAAAGCAACAUAAUCCAGUUCUGCCGCCACGAGCGCAAGGAAGUGGUGUGCCAGCCCGAUCUAAACAACCAGGAUCACUCAAUGCUCAUUGCCGAUCUGGACCAGGAUGGAUCACAGGAGCUGGUCACCUACAUGUCCACAUUCGUGCAUCCCGAGGACCAGCCGCUCAGCGAGUGGAAGCUUCUGACCUACGUGCGGCUGUUGCGCCUCCAGGCGGAGCUACCCCACUACUACGAGGACGAGCAGCACAACUAGGCGGAUCCGCAUCGGGGUCUAAGUCUAGACUGCAUUUAGCCAGCCGGAAGCGAGCUGUCGGACAUGAGAUUAAUCUAGUUGCAUGCUUUACAAUGUACAUUAAUAGAACCUUUUCUAGACUCCCAUAAAUAAAUCAGUAAACAAUAGACUUG